GAGGGCAGCUUCUCGGCUGGUCCUCUUCUCCUGUCUUAUUUUGAGACAGGGUUUCUCUGUGUCUAUUGCUAAGCUGCGUACUCCAGGGCAGCUGUCUUCAGGCUUCUGAACAGUUCUGCUCCCUCUUUCCAUCUUGUUGGAGAAGUGCUGAGAUUAUAGACAUGUGCCACCACAUCUGGAUUUUUACACAGGCUUGAGGAUUGAAGUCAGGCCAUCUGACUAGUGGAGGCAUCUCCCUGGGCCCUUGCCUUAUCCUUGCUUCUUUUGAGGCAGGGUCUCUCAUUAAACCCAGAGCUUAGUAGUUCAGAGUGGCUGGCCAACAAGCCCCAGGGACCCUGUCUCCAACUUCCCGGCACUAGGAUGACAGAUACAUGAUUGGCUUCUCACAUGGCCGCCUGGGAAUCUGCACUCAGAUUCUUCUGCUUGUGCAACAAGCGUUUACCAACAGAGCUCCUGUCCCAGCCCUUUUCUGUUCUCUUCCGUAGUACAGGAGAUCAGGAUGACUUGGGAACCCAGGAUCUGUUUGCUGGGUCCCUAGAGCCAGAUGGUUCAUUAACUUGAUUGACCCAAGAACAUGAGUGAAGAGAAAGAGGACUCAUUCAGGACACUCAGAAUUUAUGAUGAAACAGAGGAGAUACAGAAGAUGCCAGAAAGCUCUGGUAUUUUUCCUCAUCAUGGGCAACAAGAGCAACACCAAAUGGACAGUGCACAGGGAAUGCUCCAGCUGCCCCCAUGUCCCUCAAUACAGCGUGGCCCUGUUUGUCAGGAGAUGCACAGUAUGACCCAGCAGCAGUGGGACCCUCAGGCCCAGGACGCAUCUGGGCUCCAGCCCAUGUGGUUUUCAGAGGCCGAACCAGAAGGAGGAGCCAGCUCAAGCUUUCAACUGGGAGAUGCGACUGGCCAGUUCUCUUCUUCAUCCUUGCCCAACAGAGAAGUCUGGUCAUUCCUCAAAGCCAUUCCUCCCAUUCCAGAUGAGGCAGUGGUCAAGCGGAAGUGCCCACGUGGUUCCUGGAGGGUUGGCACGCUCCGCCAUGGGAAGCGAGUCAACGCCAUUGCUAUCAGCAGCGCUCCCCGCCAUGUAUACACGUGUGGCACUGGCUACAUCAGGGUGUGGGAUGAAGAUGCGCUGCAUGCCUCCGACAGGGCACCUCAGGCCCAGCUGGACUUUCAGGACCCUCGGAAUCGUGUCCUCGCCUGCAAGCUGUUCCCCGAUGAGCAGAGUCUCAUCACAGGGGGAAUGGCCAGGGCUCUGACUCUUUGGGACCUGGCGCCCACCCCCCAGAUCAGGGCUCAGAUGGCCUCCACGGGCCCCAUAUGUUACUCCUUGGCUCUUUCCUCUGAUGCUCACAUCUGCUUGGCUUCCUUCAAAGGAUUCGUGGAGAUUUGGGAUGUGCAGAACCAAAUCUUGAUCAGGAAACAUGAAGUCCCUCCCUACGGUUCCCGCUGUGUGGACAUCACAGGCUUUAAGUUCUGGACAGGUGGUGAAGACACCACCCUAUAUUCCUGGGACCUGAGGAGCUACCAGAAGCUGCAGCAACACAACUUAUGCCAUGAGAUCCUUAGCAUUACCCACGACCCCAGUGAGGAAUGGGUGCUAGCUGGCUUGAAGAUGAGCGACAUCGUCAUCCUGCAUGCUCACCGGGAGGAGAAGUAUAAAGCUGUUGUCCAGAGAUACACACAACAUCACAACCUCAAGUUCGCCUCCUGCGGGACAUAUUUCAUGGCCACCCUGGAUGAGAUGAUUCACUGCUUAGCUGCACCCUCUCUAAGAAGGCUUUUCCAGGCAGAGGAAUGCUAUGACAUUCUGUGCUGUGACGUGUCCUCUGAUAACCGGUAUCUGGUCACGGGUUCCAAGGAGAGUGCCACAGUAUAUCAGCUCUUAUAUUGAAGGCUGUGGGCUGCGGUCUUGUCAGUGAAGAACCAGGAAGAUCAGACCGUGUGAGCUCACACUACCGGACAUCUUCCACACCUGCCUCCCUCUACUUGAGCCUUGAUGGCUGGCUGGCUGCACUCUCAGGCUUUGGUCAUACGGCUUGGGGGGCUUUUCUUUUCGUUUCACCCCCUAUCACUGAUUUCUGUGUCUGGCAGGUAACUUUAUGAGAUACGGCUUUGGAAUUAAUAAAAUAGAGGAAAACUCA